AUGAGCGCUCAAGAGUUGAAACAAGCUAAAAAGGCUGUUGAAUUCAAUAGAGAAAGCUUGGAAAGUGUUUUAAAGCGUAGAUUCUUUUUUGCGCCAUCUUUCGAGUUAUACGGAGGUGUAUCCGGUCUAUAUGACUAUGGUCCUCCAGGAUGUGCUUUGCAAGCUAAUAUCGUUGAUGCUUGGAGAAAGCAUUUUAUCUUAGAAGAAGAUAUGCUGGAAGUUGACUGCACUAUGUUGACUCCCCACGAAGUUUUAAAGACUUCUGGUCAUGUUGAGAAGUUUUCUGACUGGAUGUGUCAGGAUCCCAAAUCCGGUGAAAUCUUUAGAGCAGACCAUUUAGUUGAAGAAGUGUUGGAAGCUCGUUUGAAGGGUGAUAAGGAGGCCAGGGGCGUUGCCAGCCAACCUGCAGAAGAAGACGCUGACAAGAAGAAAAGAAAGAAGAAGGUGAAGCAAAUCCAAGUUAUUAAGCUCGAAGAUGAUGUUGUGAAGGAAUACGAGGAGAUUCUAGCCAAGAUUGACGGUUACUCUGGUGAGGAAUUAGGUGAAUUGAUGGAGAAGUACAAUAUUGGUAAUCCUGUAACUGGAGAGAAAUUGGAGCCACCAAAGGCUUUCAAUUUGAUGUUCGAAACUGCUAUUGGUCCAUCUGGUCAAUUGAAAGGUUAUUUGAGACCUGAAACCGCUCAAGGUCAAUUCUUGAACUUCAAUAAGUUAUUAGAAUUCAACAAUAGCAAGGUUCCAUUUGCUUCUGCAUGUAUUGGUAAGUCUUUCAGAAACGAAAUUUCUCCAAGAUCUGGCUUGCUAAGAGUUCGCGAAUUCUUGAUGGCAGAAAUUGAGCAUUUUGUUGACCCUAACAACAAAAAGCAUCAUCGUUUCGAUGCUGUCAAGGAUGUCACCUUAAAAUUCUUACCAAAGGAGGUUCAAGAAUCAGGUUCCACAGUCCCUAUAGAAACUACUAUCGGGGAUGCAGUUGCUUCAGGUAUGGUGGAUAAUGAAACUUUAGGUUACUUUAUCGCCAGAAUUUAUCAAUUUUUGGUCAGUAUCGGUGUUGAUCCAGAGAGAAUGAGAUUCAGGCAACACAUGAGUAACGAAAUGGCACACUAUGCUUCGGACUGUUGGGACGCUGAGUUGCAUACCUCUUAUGGAUGGAUUGAGUGUGUUGGUUGUGCUGACAGAUCUGCCUACGACUUGACCGUUCACGCUAACAAGACUAAGACUGCCAUGGUCGUCAGAGAGAGAUUAGAUGAGCCCAUCCAAAUUAAGAAGUGGGAAAUUGACUUCGCUAAAAAACUUUUCGGUCCUAAGUUCAGAAAGGAUGCUCCAAAGGUAGAGAGCUAUUUGUUGAAUCUAUCACAGGAAGAGUUAGAAGCCAAGGCUAAGGAACUAUCUUCUGAAGGCAAAAUCGUCUUCCAAGUUGAAGGUAUGGAAGGUGACAUUGAGUUGGACGAUAAGUUCAUCACAAUUGAGCACCGUCAAAAGACCGAGCACGUUAGAGAAUAUGUUCCAAACGUUAUUGAACCAUCUUUCGGUAUUGGCCGUAUUAUUUACGCCAUUUUCGAGCACUCUUUCUGGAGCAGACCUGAGGAUACUGCCAGAGCUGUUUUAUCGUUCCCACCAUUGGUGGCUCCAACUAAAGUUUUGCUUGUUCCAUUGUCUAAUAAUGCAGAAUUGACCCCUGUUGUUAAGAAGGUUUCAGAGAUUUUACGUAGUGAGAAGAUCCCAUUCAAGGUUGACGACUCUGGUGUUUCUAUUGGUAAGAGAUAUUCUCGUAACGACGAGUUAGGUACCCCAUUCGGCAUUACAAUUGAUUUUGAAUCUGCUAAGGAUGGUUCUGUUACUUUAAGAGAAAGAGACAGUACUAAGCAAGUUAGAGGUUCUGUUGCUGAUAUUAUUGCUGUCAUCCGUGAUAUCACCUACAACGGAGUCAGCUGGGAACAGGGAACUAAGCAUUUAGCUGAGUUUAUCUCGCAAUCUGAAUGA